AUGAGUACCAUAGAAUGUAUUCGGAGCGCCGCUAUUGACAUAUUCAAGCAAUUUUUACUCGGAAAAAGAAGAGCCCGCGACUUGAACUUGCACCAUCAUAAGGAAUUGGACAUGUGCGGUAUAAUUGGUCUGGUAUUACAAGAUACCAACGUAGCUGUGUCACCAGAGCUUGCUGAAGGCUUGUCGCUGUUACAGCACAGAGGACAAGACGCAUGUGGAAUAAUAACAUGUGGACCACGCGGUAGACUCAACCAAGUCAAGUCGAAUGGCAUGGUACGUGAUGUCUUUGACAACCAAGCCAUUUCAACUCUCCGCGGAUGUAUGGGCAUUGGUCAUGUUAGAUACCCUACUGCAGGAUCAUCUGCUCAAGCUGAAGCUCAGCCUUUCUACGUCAACAGCCCAUACGGUAUCACAUUCGCUCAUAACGGCAAUUUAAUCAACACAGAAGAACUUAAAGAAUUUCUUGAUCAAGAUGCACACAGGCAUAUUAACACAGAUUCUGAUUCUGAGAUGUUGCUCAACAUAUUCGCUGACAACCUCCAACAAACUGGCAAAUUCCGUAUCAACGAGGAAGAUAUUUUCACUGCCGUCAGAGACCUCACUCGUACAUGCAAAGGUGCAUACGCUUGCGUUGCGAUGAUCGCUGGUUUCGGUAUCGUUGCUUUUAGAGAUCCAAACGGUAUUAGGCCCCUUGGUUACGGUGUUAGAGCUGCUGGAGAGCCAGUCGAUGGAAUGAAAUCACCUCAAGGCGAUAAACAAAAGACUGGUCUUGAUUAUGUCUUUGCUUCUGAAUCUGUCGUUUGUGAUGCGUUAGGAUUCACUGAUUGGGUGGAUGUUAAGCCAGGUGAAUGUAUGAUCGUUACUAGACAUUCAGUAUCUAGAAGGCAAGUUGCCGAACCAGCAACAUUCGCACCAGAUAUAUUUGAAUACGUUUACUUUGCCAGACCUGAUUCUGUACUCGAUGGUAUCAGUGUCUAUCGUAGUAGAAUGGGCAUGGGAGACACACUUGCGGAUGGGGUCAGAAAGCAACUUCUCGAUAAAUCUUUGCCAGACAGUAGUUCAGUAGAUGUCGUCAUACCUGUUCCAGAUACAUCGAGAGUAGCAGCAUUGCAAUUGGCACAGAACCUUCGCAUCCCUUACAGAGAAGGUUUCGUCAAGAAUCGCUACGUAGGUCGUACUUUUAUCAUGCCAGGACAGCAACAACGUCGUAAGAACGUUCGUCGUAAAUUGAACGCUAUGGCACUCGAGUUCUCUGGAAAGAAUGUUUUGCUUGUUGAUGAUUCGAUAGUGAGAGGAACAACAUCAAAGGAAAUUAUUCAAAUGGCGCGUGAUGCGGGUGCAAAGAACGUGUUCAUGGCAUCUUGUGCACCAGCUAUCAGAUAUUCCAACGUAUACGGAAUAGACAUGCCAAACCGUAAAGAGUUGGUUGCACAUGGCCGUACAGAGGAGCAAGUGGCAGAAUACAUUGGUGCAGACAAGGUAAUAUUCCAGACACUGGAUGGACUGGUAAAGUCAUGCAGCAGUCUAAAUGAAGAUAUUCAACACUUCGAUUGCUCAGUAUUUACGGGCAAAUAUAUCACGGGUGGUGUUGAUGUUGCCUACUUGGAGCAUCUCGAGAACUUGCGCGCGGAUAAUGUGAAGAAUAAGGUUACGACAGAGGAGGCAGUAUCACCAGCCUGUUCUGGACCAAUGAAUGGAGCGGAUGAUAACAUAGGGCUUGCGAAUCAACGUCGUUAA